AGAGCCAGGCAGCUGGAAUUAUAUGAGGGCAAAACCAGACAAAACAUUGCAUUUUCUUUCUCUCCGUUUCUCUUCCGUCGUCGCAUUCCCUCUCUGAAGUGCUUUCACUUCGUCGUGGUAUAUAUUAAGGAUGCAGGCCGCUCGCAAUCAACUUGCCAGGUCAUUGGGUCUUCCCCGUUCUAGAGCUCUGAGAGUCUCUCGCGAACCGAUUCGUUUCGUCCGCCGGGGUCUGUCGACCACUCAGUCUAGAAGGAGUGAACAGGAGCCGUCAACGUCAACACCUCCGCCGGUCGCAAAAUCUACGAAAUGGCGGACUUUCCUGCAAGGCCUGGGCAGGGCAACUAUUGUGGCUUUGGUUGUCGGCUCCGGAUCCUUCUACUACGUCACGCAAAAGGACCGAAAUCCUGGAGCUCAACUUCCUUUUGAUCCUGAGAAAAAGACAAUUGUCGUAUUGGGAAGUGGAUGGGGUGCUACCAGUAUGCUGAAAACGAUAGACACGGCGGACUACAAUGUGGUUGUUAUCAGUCCCAAAAACUUUUUCCUCUUCACGCCUCUUCUACCUAGCGUUGCUGUCGGAACUCUCACCUCGCGAGCUAUUCUCCAGCCAACGCGAUACGUCACACGGCACAAGGCGCGGGAAGUGACCGUCAUUGAAGCGGAAGCCCGAGAAGUCGACCCUCACAAGAAAACUGUCACCUUCACUGAUGACCAGGGCAAAUCGUCUAAAACCAUUCCGUAUGAUUAUCUCGUCUAUGCCGUCGGGGCGGAGGUCCAGACGUUCGGCACCCCGGGAGUUCAGGAGAAGGCUUGUUUCAUGAAAGAGAUCCAAGAUGCCGAGAAGAUGCAAAAGAAGGUUAUGGAAUGCAUCGAAACUGCUGCGUUCCCUGGUCAAUCUGCAGAGGAAGUGGAACGGCUACUCCAUAUGGUCGUUGUUGGUGGUGGCCCAACCGGUAUAGAACUCAGCGGUGAAAUUCAUGAUUUCCUUGAAGACGACUUGAAAUCUUGGUACCCCGAGCUUGCCGGCAAAGUUCGCAUCACUCUCGUCGAGGCUCUCCCAUCUGUCUUGCCUAUGUUCAGCAAGCAGCUGAUCGACUACACGGAAUCGACAUUUAAAGAGAGCAAGAUCAACAUCAUGACGAAGACCAUGGUCAAGGAGGUCAAGGAUAAGUCCGUGGUUCUCCAGAUGCCUGACAAGAGCAUUGCCGAGAUUCCCUGUGGCAUUGUUGUUUGGGCCGCUGGUAACAAGGGUAGAAAGAUAACACAAGAUUUAAUGGCCAAGCUUCCUGCCACGCAAACCAACCGUCGGGGUCUUUCAGUAGAUGAAUAUCUACGGAUGAGCGGAACCGACGGAAGCAUUUUCGCUAUCGGAGACUGCACUGCCACAUCCUAUGCACCCACAGCCCAAGUCGCGUCUCAACAGGGUGCUUACCUCGCGCGGGUUUUAGCACAGAUAGCAAAGAAGGACGCCUUGGAAGCCAAGCUGAAGAACUUGGAGGCAAAGGUUGGCGGCGUCGAGAGUGAAGUCGAAGCAAAAGGUAUUGCGGACGAGGUCGAGAAUGUCAAGAAGCAAAUUGACAUGGUCAAGUUGAGGCCCUUCCACUACUCUCACCAGGGCAGUCUGGCGUACAUCGGAUCUGACAAAGCUAUCGCCGAUUUGCCAUUCUUGAACGGAAAUAUCGCUAGUGGUGGUGUCGCGACGUUCUUGUUCUGGCGUAGCGCCUAUCUGAGCACCUUGUUCUCCCUCCGCAACCGCACCCUCGUCGCAAACGACUGGAUAUUAACAAAGUUGUUUGGCCGUGAUGUCAGUCGAGACUGAUACCGAAUUUUCAGAUGAACGAUCUUUAUUUGUCCGUUGGUCGUUAGAGGAAGCUUAACAUGUCCUUAGUGCUACGAGUGGAUUGUCGUAGCGUUCCUAGAGCACCUUACACCUUUCCUUAAUUUUGACGGCAU